GCUCUUCCACUCCCAGGACACCUUUCUGUUCACUCUACCUCACGGGUGCACACCGGGCGGUGACGCAGUGGCAGCAGCGAGUGUCAGGUGUCUCACCUUUCUUUCACAUAAAGAGUCAGUCAACGGAAGUUCGCAAGGUAAUCUCAUCGCUGCCAGAGAUGGAAAGUGGUCCCUUUAAUCGACGUUCCUGGGCAACACAGUCCUUGCGUGUAACCGCGAAUGAGCUGUCACUGACUAGCCGAGGGAAAAACAAUGCCAUCGCUGAACGCUUCUCCAAGUACCAACGAGCUGCUGGGGAGGCCAGUGCAGAGAAGAAAAAAGGAGUCUCUGAGAGUGCAUCGCCCUCCCUGCGGUCAACCAACCUGAGUGCUCUGAAGAAGCGCUGGGAGCAGAGAGGGAGCAGCGAUAGGGACAAAUCUGCUUCAGUCCCACCUCCAAUCCAGUCUAGCAUCCGACGCAGACCUUCUGCUCUGGCCAGAACCCCGUCUAUCACUGAGCAAUCUCCUCCGAUGAAGAGCCCCACCGUGCGGACCGAUCAAGGAGGUCCACUCACAGAUCUGAAAGCAAACAGAGGUGAAGAAGAGAGAGGGAUGGACAAGGAUGAGCUGACACACAGUGACAGACCUGAAAAGCUGGAAGAGCAAGUUCCAACCAGCCCCCGUGCCUCUUAUGAGAAAGCCCAAGUGCCACUGAACAACCUGAAGAUGAAGUUUGAGAGGGGAGAGGACGCUAAGGGAAAGGUUGCCAGGACAACUCUACGCAGUUCUUCCUCAGAGGACAUGGACCAACAUGGAGGUGUGUCUCCAUCUAAACGGGUUGAAGGGACAUCUAUGAAGGAGAAGAUGGCAAAAUACCAGGCCUCUGUUUCUAAACAAGGAACCAGUCCCUCUGGUGUGGCUGCAGAGCUGCCUGCUCCGAAAACUUCUGCAGCAGUAAAAGAGAAACACAAUGCUGCACGUGAGUGCAAUGGGGAGACCAGCGAACAACCCAAAGCAUUACGGAAGUUCUGCCCCCCUGUGAAGGAGACAUGCAACGCAUGUUCAAAGACUGUGUAUCCUCUGGAGAGACUGGUGGUUCUGAAGCAUGUCUACCACAAAAGUUGCUUCUGCUGUGUGCACUGCAGCAUGAAACUCGGUCUUGGGAACUACGCCUCUCUACAUGGUAACGUCUACUGCAAGCCCCAUUUUAACCAGCUGUUUAAAGCUAAAGGAAACUAUGACGAGGGCUUUGGCCACCGGCCUCACAAGGAGCUUUGGGCGCCACGAGCUGAUGGACAGGAGGUUGAAGAAGGGAUGAAGCCAAAAGAACAAGAGGAACCAGCAGCUGCAGAGCUUUGUCCAGCUGAGAGUGUCUCAGAAAAAACACCAACCCCACCUGAGGAAACUUCCCCGCAGGUAAAAGUCACAGACCUGACAGCCGCACUGGAGACACGUGUGCAGACACACAGCAGUGAAAAACCUCAGGCUACAGAGAAGCUGGCUGAGAAACGCAGGCUGAGGGUUGCCUGGCCUCCACAAGGUGGUGAGGGCAAAUCUGAGUCAGCAGCCCUCAGUCCGGUCACAGAGGGGGCUUCGUCAGGCCGACCAUGGAGGGCCAAGUGGCCCCCAGAGGAUGAGGUGCAGUCAUCUUUCCAGAGCACAGAGCGGGUCGAGCUGAAGAGCCUGAGAAGGAGCUCUUCUCUAAAGGAGCGCUGUCGGCCUUUUACCAUUGCAGCCAGACCCAUCCCCGCAGCAAGUGUAGGCCCCAGGGAGCCUCGUCGCCCGCUCAAAUCCCUGCUGGAGUGGAGAGCAUCAUUCGAGGAAAAAUCUGAAGAAGCACCCGUAAAAAGCGACCCGGAACCUCUGGAGGUGAAGCCGGAGGAAAAGAAAGAGCAAAGCAAGUGCGUGAGUCUAAGAGAGUCUGUCACUGAGGAGGUUGUGGAGACUCCAAGACAGGAAGACCAAGCAGAGGGAGUCAAAGCAGCGGCAGACAACAUGGCAGCAGAAGAGGGCUCUCUAAGAAGCACCUCACACAGUAUUUCACCAUCCAGCUCUCCACCUGCACAGCCAAAGCAGAACCGUGCCUCCCAGGAUGUGGGCUUCUGGGAAGAGGACAAAGAAGGAAGUGAAACUGAGGAGCUGAGUGCAGAGGACAUAAUUAAGAGGAACCGCUACUAUGACGAGGAGGAUGACAACUCUGACUCAUAGGAACACUAAAAGUGCCACGCCCAUUCAGUUUUAGAAUUUCACUCAGUUAUGUCAUCUCAGUUGAUUAGUUAUCUCAAAUAUAGCUUCGCCAGGUUUGAUAGUUUAUAGGACCAAAAUAUAUGAUGUAUUUGCAUAUAAAUUGCAUUAACUGCCUUUAAUUGUAAAGUUCAAAUAUGUUACUAUACCCUUUGAAAAUGUUUGAUAGAGCUUUAAUAGGACUCCUGAUUUUACUGGAUGUUUGGCCUCUUUUAAACGUUGUUAUUGCCUGUUGGACCCUCUUCAAUAGAAGCACAUUUUAUUUAAUGCUAUUUUUAAGUGCUUUUAAUGACAGCUUUAACCCCUCUGCAUCAAUAACAACAGUCAUUAUGUUUAUUUGUGCUUUUCCUAUAAUAAAGAAAAGACCUUAAAAUACUUUACCAAAAAAUACCACAGCCUGAAAAUCUGGGCAUUUUAUAGUAAAAUAUAGUUUUGUCCUCUCCAACCUUGUUCAUCUCUCUUCUUCUCUCAGGGAUAAGACUCUGAGAGUGCCAGUGCUUACAGGUACUGGAUCUUUUUUUUAAUGGACUUCAAUUUCUUAUAUUGCAAAUUUAUGGUAUGUUAUUUCCAAAGCUUUAAAAUGACUAAAGAGCAGUCUUUUUGAUUGAUGUUGAGUUAUUAGGCUCUCGCAGCUCCUGAUAAGUCAUAAAUAA